GAUUGCCGUCGGAGGAAGUAUUGAAGGGAGCAAGGUAAUGAAGAGCUUGAGAAACUCAACAAUGCCGGAUAGGUCUCAAGAUAUUAAGUUUAAGCACGAACAUGCUGUAGAUGAUCCGGAAGCUGUCGCUGCCAUGGUUGAUAUGACCAUCCGGAACAGCACGGAGAGAAGGAAGCUGGGAUUCUUGUCAUGCGGAACGGGAAACCCCAUAGAUGACUGCUGGCGGUGCGAUCGCAACUGGAUACGCCACCGCAGGCGCCUGGCUGACUGCGCCAUAGGCUUCGGCCGGAACGCCGUCGGCGGCAGAGAUGGCAGAUAUUACGUAGUCACCGACCCCAGCGAUGACGACCCCGUUAACCCCCGACCAGGCACCCUCCGCCACGCCGUGAUUCAGGACCGGCCUCUCUGGAUCGUCUUCAAACGUGACAUGGUUAUCACACUAAAGCAAGAGCUAAUCAUGAACAGCUUCAAGACCAUUGACGGGCGCGGAGCCAAUGUCCACAUCGCCAAUGGCGCAUGCUUAACCAUUCAAUUUGUGACGAAUAUUAUCAUCCACGGGCUCCAUAUUCACGAUUGCAAGCCAACGGGCAACGCUAUGGUGCGGAGUUCUCCUUCGCAUUACGGAUGGAGGACCAGGGCUGAUGGCGAUGGGAUUUCGAUUUUUGGGUCGAGUCACAUUUGGAUUGAUCACAAUUCGCUGUCGAGCUGUUCUGAUGGGCUGAUUGAUGCUAUCAUGGGGUCCACUGCGAUUACCAUUUCUAACAAUUACUUCAGUCAUCACAAUGAGGUUAUGUUAUUGGGACACAGUGAUUCGUACUCGAGAGAUAAGGUUAUGCAGGUGACUGUUGCCUACAACCAUUUCGGAGAGGGCCUAACCCAAAGAAUGCCUAGGUGUAGACAUGGGUAUUUCCAUGUGGUAAACAAUGAUUACACUUCAUGGGGGAUGUAUGCAAUUGGUGGCAGUGCUAAUCCCACCAUCAACAGCCAAGGCAACAGAUUUCUUGCCCCAAAUAACCCUUUUGCUAAAGAGAUAACAAAGCGAAUAGUGAAUGCGGAUGACCAUAGAUGGAAGGGCUGGAACUGGAGAUCAGAGGGUGAUCUUCUGCUAAACGGCGCCUAUUUCACCCCAUCGGGUCGUGGUGCAGCUGCCAACUACGCCAGGGCCUCAAGUCUAGCAGCCAAAUCCUCUUCCUUAGUAGCAACCCUCACGGCUGAGGCUGGGGUACUUCAUUGCCGCAAAGGCGUCCAGUGCUGAUGAUGACCUCAUCUAAUAUUUAUAGAAUAUCAUUCAAAAUCAAUAAAACAACAUUAUAUUCUUUACAAAUCCCUUAAAAUUCUUCUAUCAGUAUAGUCAAAAUCUAGUCAUUUUUAACCCAUCCUCCUUCAGUUUCUUAUUUGAAUGUUUCACUACUCCCCUUGUCUUAUUCUUACAUCGAUCAACCUCGGCCUGCUUCAAACCGAAAUAUACAAGGUCUUUGGAGCAGGCGCAGAUGCGUUGUUCAUGUUAUUUCAUUUUUUCUUCCCCUCAUGAUGAAUCCUGUUUGCUCUCUCUCAGUUUAAGUGUCAAAUCUCUUGGCCCUCUUCUCACCAAUGUCUCAUUUUAGUCCGAGUCUGUCUAUGUAUGUACUUAGGUAGAAAGAUGCAAUGAAAAAACUGUAGCUUCAAGAAAUGCUGUUAUCAUUAUAUUGUAAUGCAAUUAUCGUUUGUCA